GGCUCAGAGCUAAUGAGGCGCAUUGCGUCAGUGGCGCACGCAGAGCAGGCUAGAAAUGCGCUAGGCGGAUGAAAUAGAGGCGCACUGUGGGGAGAGAGGAAAAAAGUUGUGAACAGGAGAGGAGAGGCAGGACGACUCUGACGGAGCCCUGCAGUCUCACUUUUUAUGCCUCGAAAACUCUUUCCCUGCCAUUUUUUUCCCCUCCUCAGCUCCGCAACACUGGUUUUUUACGCUUCGGAGGGAGACUUUCUACCUUUUUCUUUCUUUCUUCUUUUUUUUUAACAUAAGCAAAAGCCCUCAGCACCAUGGAGCUGCUAUGCCUCGAAAUGGACACCAACAUCCGAGCUCGUCCCGAUCCGAACCUUCUGUUUGAUGACAGAGUCCUGCAGAGCCUGUUGACGAUAGAGGAGAGGUUUCUGCCUCAGUAUUCUUAUUUCAAAGGGGUCCAGAAAGACAUUCAGCCGUUUAUGAGGAGGAUGGUCGCGUCCUGGAUGUUAGAGGUUUGUGAGGAGCAGAAGUGCGAGGAAGAAGUUUUUCCCCUGGCCAUGAACUACUUGGACAGAUUUUUAGCAGUGGUGCCCAUCAAGAAGUGCAACCUGCAGCUGCUGGGAGCAGUCUGCAUGUUUCUUGCAUCCAAACUGAAAGAGACUCGUCCAUUAACUGCAGAGAAGCUCUGCAUCUACACAGAUAACUCCAUUAGACCACAAGAGCUGCUGGAAUGGGAACUGGUGGUUUUGGGGAAGUUGAAGUGGAACUUGGCAGCAGUUACGCCGAACGACUUCAUUGAGCACAUUGUGAGGAGGCUGCCGCUGCCCGAGGAUAAGCUGGCACUUAUACGGAAACACGUCCAGACCUUCAUCGCCCUCUGUGCCACAGAUUUUCGAUUCGCCAUGUAUCCUCCAUCCAUGAUCGCCACCGGAAGUGUGGGAGCAGCGAUCUGCGGCCUGCAGCUCGACUCACCUGACCAGUCUCAGUGGGGGGACAGUCUGACAGACCUGCUGGCUAAAAUCACCAACACAGAAGUGGACGUUCUUAAAGAGUGCCAGGAGCAGAUCGAGCGCGUGCUGGAGAGCAGCCUACGUGAAGGGCGACAGCAGCAGCAGCAGCAGCAGACUCAGAGGGGCCCCAGUGGGAAAGGCCUGGACGAGCUGGAUCAGUCCUCCACACCCACAGACGUCCGCGAUGUCAACUUGUGAACCAGCAGAGGGUGCCGUUGCACAGGAUUUACAGAGAAAAGGAAAAAAGAAAGAAAAGGAAAAAAAAAUGCAUUAUUAAAAAAAACAACUUCAAUUUUUCUAAAAGCUGAAAAAAAAGAACAAAACAACAAAAAUAUUAGAAACACAAGCCCAUGCUUGCUAGUUUUUUGUAGAUUGUAUUUUGAUACAAAAAACACCUGCACAUGACAUAGAUUUUCUAUAGUCUAAAAGCAACAAAAUUGAAGCUCCYUGGUGCCUUGGAUACACAGAAGGGAAGUUAAUCAUCUUUACAUUCUGCCUUUUGAUUGUAUAGUAUGAUCUUUAACUUAUAUUUUAACCUGAGCUUGACGAUGAGACUCUGACGGUGGAAGUAGAAUCGGCAAAGAAACACAGGAUCGCAGCGGGGCUUACAGUUAAUUUUUUUCCCCCCUCGUUUAGUGUUAAAUGAUCAUAGUUCAGUUCAGGCUGGUGGAAAGUGAAGACGUGUGUCCAAGCUCCCUGACCGUCAGAAAACGUCCAUUUGUGUUGAAGAUGGAGCCAAGAAAACAUGGCGGCGUGUCCCAUAGGCAAUAGCUGGGGAUMAUAGUAGUAUUAGUAAUUACUAUUAUGAAUCUCAUCAUUGGGCAUAUUUUGUAACAGAGUAGUAGAUCAAUAAGCUCCUUUUGUCAGGCUGCUUGUAUGUGUCAUUUUGUGGAUGCUGUGUGUGUGUGUUGCUGAGGAUGACUGUGUGUGUGUUACGUGAUCUUGUAUCUAUAUAAGCAGUAUGCAGUCUGUGGCGUCGGGGCACUUGAGCGAAGCUGUAGACUUUUUACGACUCUUUGUGAAAUGAAAAGUCGAGGUCGAGCCUCGAACCACCGGGGGGUGGGCGUCUGUGCCAAACCGCUGCUCCCCUCGUGCACGAACGGUGCGCCGUGGUUCACAUUUAAAUACAAAAAAAAAGAAAAAAAGGAGUGUGGACCGUGAACCAGACAGGAACAGAAAGUUGUGGGCAAAGGGACUUAGUUGUAGAGACUCGUACCUGCCUCAAAGCAUUUCACUUUUGUCUCACGGGUGAUGUGAGGCGUAUCACUGCCAUUGACACGAUGGAAUAUCACAGAUACCCGUGCAGCGUCUCGUGUCUCGUCUCGGUGAAAGUUUUUAAUCGAACUUCUCUGCCGAAACUCAGCAGCGGGGGGGACGUUGAGAUUAGGAACGGCUCAGAAGUCACUGUGGUGGUGCAGGAGCAUGCUGCUGUGUAGGAGAUGUAAAUGUUAUUUAGCCAAUGGCUGGAAGAUGAGUGAUUUAAAAAAAAAACACCUGAAAGUUUCACUAUGAAAGUUUAUCAUCUGCAUAUAUGAAUUGAAUCAAUGUUUUUGUUUGUCUGUAAGAAGAUCAGACAGAAAAGACGUUUCCAUUAACGUGGAGACCUGCUAAAAAUCACGAAAGGAUCGACUUUAUUUAGGGGGUGGGUGGGGGGGGGUCGGGUUACUGUCAAUGCAUCUGGAGUCCCGUUUAGGGUUCUUUCCAGCUCCCCAAUUUCAAUGUCAAAGCACUUUGAGAAGAAGCUCCCCAGGAGAUGAGUAAAAUAAAAUGUUCACAGUGAUUGGAAGUGAAUGGUUAGUUAUUGUUUUGUUUUUUUUCUCCAUAUUAGCCUUUUCUUUGGUUUACUCUGUAGGGCUGGUUUCCCAAACAUCACACUUUGGCGUACAACAAAAGGACAUUCCGAUAUAAGAAAAAAAACAUUCCUGUUCAAGCAAAUCCAAGACAGACAAAUAAAACAAGGCCAACAUUCGUACCGAUAUGCUCUUCAUGGGGUUCAUUUGACUUUUUUUUUUCCAUUGUCAAGAACUGAAAUGUUUAUUUUACUUGAAUUUUAUUUAUCUGCGUCACAGCCACAGAGAGCCACACGAGGCAGCGAUGAGCUACAGGACAGGGUGGUAUUUGCACGUUCUUUAAAGGGCACGGUUGCGAGGUUAGACGCCGCACAAGUUUUUGUUAAAAAAAAAACAGUUUUUCAUAUGGUGCUGGCUUGUGAGGGGCCAAACACAUCUGUCCUCUGUGAGCUUUGCUGCUUUAAAUCAAUAACGGGGGGCCAGAGAAACGUUGAAACAAAUCAUCUUUGUUUUUGUUGCUGUUUUUGUUUUUUAAUUCGACUCGUGCCACAAGGUGUCCGACUCGAUGUUUCAGAUGGUUUUUUUUUUUAUCGUGACCUCGCUGAACGUGUGUGUAUCAAGUCUGUAAAAAAAGAAAAUGUGGGGAGCUGAAGUUUUUCAGUCAAACUGAACAAUUCGUUGACACGUUUGCCAAAAACGUCCCCCCGGCUGAAACAAAACCUGUUGUGACCCCCACGGUCAUUUCGCCUUUGAUCGCCUUUGAUGUAAGCUCUCUCCCAAACUUUGUUGUGAUUUUCUUUCCUGCAAUUUAUUGUUGCAUGUGUUAUAUAUUGACACCAUAAAUCCAUUUUUUUUUGGUUGGUUUUGUUUGACGGUUUUUUGUUGGGGGGUGGGGGGGUGCGCGACCAGACCCACGAGGGUUUUUUCUAGGAUUUAGAGAUACUGUAUUCCAAAGUAAAGAGAGUACCGAGGAGGAGGUGUAAAAACAUCAACAGAAAAAGAAAGAAAAAAAGUGUCAAUAUUUUAUUGUCUUUUUUGCGCUGCUAAUAGCAAUGACUUUGUUUCAUUAUACAAAAAAAAAAUAACAUUACCUAGUCGUGAUGUGUCACUUGUGUGCUGCUAUUUUAUAAACGUUUGUAUUAUAAUAAAAUUAUUUUACUGCUUUUAAAGAGAGACAUCCUGAAAAACAAAGUAGAUGGUGUUAGAAGAACAUGAGAUGAGUAUUUGACUGGAAAUGUUUUUUGUACAGUUAGAUAGCAUAUUUCAUUCCCCCCCUUUUUAUUUUAUUUUAUUUUUUUGGUUUUUAUCUAUUUUCCUGAUCGUCUUCAGUCACAUUCUGCAUCGACGGUAUUUCCAAUACCUCAGGAUUACUGGACAAAACAAACCACAAACCCAUUGCAUAUACCUCUGCAGUGAGGGGAGCCUGGAACAGAGACGAUAGAAUCCACUGAGGAGGGAGAGAAAAAAAAUGGUUUUCGAAUGUUUUAGUCGAGCAACAACCUCCUCAAUGAGAUGGGAAACAGGAAAUAUGCAAGGCUCCCAUUUGGACUUAAACCAUACUGGAGGGAAGGGGAGGGGGCACAAUUACAGUCAUGUUGUCUUUGGAUUUUAUUUUUGUUUGUUUGUUUUUUAUGCCAAUAAUGUGUGUUUGCUUCUGUCCAUGUUGGUGCUACAUUUGCAUUGUGAUCUGUUAAAGAGGGGGAAACCAAUCCCCCAUGGUGGCCAAAGUCCAGAUUAUUUGCUUUAUACAACAGCGAUCACAAUGAGUGUCAUUAAAUAUGGAUUUUGUGAAAGAGUGGUUUUGUUUUUGGUCUAAAAUAAAAAAAAAGUGUUCUGCAUCAUUGAACCUGUGGCAUCACAUUCAGUCGUAAAUAUUCUGCUAUCUGGACGUUUCAGUGGUGCAGAGUUCCCCCUGUGCACCCCCCCUCCCCUCCUCCCUCCAUUAUAACUCGUAUUGUGUACCUCAAAUGUCUGUUGCACAACCUCUGCUCAAUAAACUUCUGCUUUAAAGGGUGUGACACCA